AGGUGGAGGAGGAGUAGGAGGAGGAGGAGGCGGCGAGAAGAUGGCGACUUCGAACAAUCCGCGGAAAUUUAGCGAGAAGAUCGCACUGCACAACCAGAAGCAGGCGGAGGAGACGGCGGCCUUCGAGGAGGUCAUGAAGGACCUGAGCCUGACGCGGGCCGCGCGGCUUCAGCUGCAGAAGUCCCAGUACCUGCAGCUGGGCCCCAGCCGUGGCCAGUACUAUGGCGGGUCCCUGCCCAACGUGAACCAGAUCGGAAGCAGCAGUAUGGACCUGUCCUUCCAGACCCCAUUUCAGUCCUCAGGCCUGGACACGAGUCGGACCACGCGACAUCAUGGGCUUGUGGACAGAGUUUAUCGUGAGCGUGGCAGACUUGGCUCCCCACACCGCCGGCCCCUGUCAGUGGACAAGCAUGGGCGACAGGCUGACAGCUGCCCCUAUGGCACCGUGUACCUCUCGCCACCUGCGGACACCAGCUGGAGGAGGACCAACUCUGACUCUGCCCUGCACCAGAGCACAAUGACACCCAGCCAGGCAGAGCCCUUCACAGGCGGGGCCCAGGAUGCGCACCAGAAGAGAGUCUUACUGCUCACCGUCCCAGGAAUGGAGGAGACUGGGGCCGAGACAGACAAGACCCUUUCUAAGCAGUCAUGGGACUCAAAGAAGGCGGGUUCCAGGCCCAAGUCCUGUGAGGUCCCCGGAAUCAACAUCUUUCCGUCUGCAGAACAGGAGAACACAACAGCCCUGAUCCCUGCCACCCACAACACAGGGGGCUCCCUUCCUGACCUCACCAACAUCCACUUUCCCUCCCCACUCCCGACACCGCUGGACCCUGAGGAGCCUCCAUUCCCUGCUCUUACCAGCUCCAGCAGCACCGGCAGCCUUGCACAUCUGGGCGUUGGCGGCACAGGCCAGGGUAUGAACACCCCCAGCUCUUCUCCACAACACCGGCCAGCAGUCAUCAGCCCCCUGUCCCUGAGCACAGAGGCCAGGCGGCAGCAGGCCCAGCAGGUGUCACCCACCCUGUCUCCGUUGUCACCCAUCACUCAGGCCGUGGCUAUGGAUGCGCUGUCCUUGGAGCAGCAGCUGCCCUACGCCUUCUUUACCCAGACUGGCUCCCAGCAGCCUCCCCCACAGCCCCAGCCACCGCCGCCGCCUCCACCGGUAUCCCAGCAGCAGCCACCGCCCCCACAGGUGUCUGUGGGCCUCCCCCAGGGUGGUCCACUGCUGCCCAGUGCCAGCCUGACUCGGGGGCCCCAGCUGCCGCCACUCUCAGUCACUGUACCGUCCACUCUUCCCCAGUCCCCUACAGAGAACCCAGGCCAGCCACCAAUGGGGAUCGAUGCCACCUCGGCACCAGCUCUGCAGUACCGCACGAGCGCAGGGUCGCCUGCCACCCAGUCUCCCACCUCUCCAGUCUCCAACCAAGGCUUCUCCCCUGGAAGCUCCCCACAGCACACGUCCACCCUGGGCAGCGUGUUUGGGGAUGCAUACUAUGAGCAGCAGAUGACAGCCAGGCAGGCCAAUGCUCUGUCCCGCCAGCUGGAGCAGUUCAACAUGAUGGAGAACGCCAUCAGCUCCAGCAGCCUGUACAACCCGGGCUCCACUCUCAACUACUCCCAGGCCGCCAUGAUGGGUCUGAGCGGGAGCCACGGGGGCCUACAGGACCCGCAGCAGCUCGGCUACACAGGCCACGGGGGAAUCCCCAACAUCAUCCUCACGGUGACAGGAGAGUCACCGCCUAGCCUCUCUAAGGAACUGAGCAGCACACUGGCAGGGGUCAGUGAAGUCAGCUUUGAUUCGGACCACCCGUUUCCGCUGGACGAGCUGAAGAUUGACCCUCUGACCCUGGACGGACUCCAUAUGUUGAAUGACCCAGACAUGGUUUUAGCCGACCCAGCCACCGAGGACACCUUCCGAAUGGACCGCCUGUGAGUGGCUGUGCCCGCCAGCCGCCGCUGGUCAGUCUCCAACGGCGCUGCCCCAAACCUGGGGAUGGCAAUGGCGCCCCCCUUUGCCAACGGCCAAGCUUGUGGUUCUGAGCUUGCAAUGCUGCCCAGUGCCCCUGCUAGCCCCCUGCCACCCUGGUCGUUCACCUCCCAUGAUGCCUGGCGUGAGGCCGCUGUGUACUAGGCUGGCUAUCUGUCUGUCCAUCCAUCCACCUGGGGUCAGGCUGAUGGCCGAGGCUGUGAGUGCUUGGCCCCCAUGGACGUUCCCCAUGCUCGCUCACUCACCCCUCACUGGGGAUGUGAAAGCCCUCAUCAGAUACCCAAAGUGUCACUCCCAGAUGUGCUGCGCGAGGAGGGCCAGGGCGUGGGUGUGGAGCACCCAGAGGCUGAGGUGCGCCAUCCAUUCGACUGUUGUCAGCUGUCACUGCCUUCCUCCAUCCUGCCCCCCCCCCGCCAUCCCCAGCCCUGGUCAGGUCAUGCAUGCCCACCGAGCCCAGGGCAAAGACAGCAGAGCGACGGGGCCGACCUGGACCAGAAUAAACACUGUUUGGAUGGUUGCCUUUCAUAUUCCUGAGCGCUCUUGCAGCGUGACAAUCGACCUAUGGCCGAAUGUGGUAUGGACAGAGCCACUGAAGCAUCUGGUGCCCCUCCUUGGCUCACUCCCACCACCCUUGCCCCCUGUUGGACAAAGGUCAGUAUGGUGGCACUGGGACAGAGAGCCGUGGGCCACCUGCACAUUCUCCUCACUCUUCCAGUCCCAUGACCAGUCAGUCCCUCCUGCUGUUUAGGAUCUGGAGCUCGGGAGGCAGUGGCCCUGGUGGCUCUGCUUUCCCUUCAGUUUCUGUUGGUGUUUGGUGGCUGACCCCCAGACUUGCCUGGCAGCAUGUGUUAACUAGCCCCCAGCCCCUCCUUUACCUUUUUAAAAAGUUAACCGGAAUGCUGGCCUGGAGCACUUGCAAGCCGGGGUACCUGAGCUGCUCACCCCAGACCUGGGCUUACCAGCUCUCAACUCCAAAGAGCUGGGUGGGCAAGGGUGGGGCUGGAUGCAGGGUCCUGAUGGCUGGGCAUGUCUAAGAACUGCAGAACAGAUCCUGGGAACAGGCCUUGACUUUGACUGAGGCCUCUGGAGAACCAUCUCCCUCUGAGGAUCUCUAAGGCGCCUGCCAGGCCCUAGCAGUAGCUAAGUGGGGGCUGUGGACCUGGGUCACUUUUGGCCUGGAAGCUCUGAUCCCUGCCACCCCAGGUCAUAACUUGACAUGCCCUCUGCCUCUGCCCAAUAGGCCCGGGCCUCGGCUUCACUGUUUUUCUCUCUCUGUGCCGUUGCCCACUGCCCAUGCUGGGGGUCUGGGGAGCACAUGAUCUACGUGUGUCUCUCCCCCCAAGCACCAUGCGGCCGCCUGCAUGAGAAAGCUGCCGCCCUUUCAUUGCUGUUCCCCUUCCCCUGGGCCUGAGGACACAGCAUUGCUUGUCCAGGUUACCUGUCCAGGUCUCAGGCCUUUCUAUCACCAUGGUGCAGACUUGAAGGGAAUAGUGGGAACUUUAUCAUCACCGUCACCAUUGUCAUUAAACGUAUGUGGUGGCACGCAUCUGUCACCCCGGCACUGGCGAGCUGGAAAGCACACACGAAUGGGGUGGGACUCCCUUCCAGCUGUAGAUGUCUGAGCAAACGACCUCAAUAGGGCCGAGAGGCCGACAGGAUACCUGGGAACCAGUCACUCGCUGGCCUUCCGAGUUCUCAGUGAGCCGGGGCAGGACAGAUGCGGCCCAUGGCCCUCCUAAGCUGCUGGCCUGGCUUUCAGUGCCCUGAAGUCAAGAGUGCAUGUAGCUGUGUUGAUGUGACCAGUUUAUUGCCAAGUCCUGUGCUGAGGUGACACGUCCCUGCCUCAGCGCCCCAGGCAGCUGUGAGCAUCUCAUGAGCUCUCUUGCCCAGCCAGGAGCCAGCACUCGGGUGCAUGCAUGUUCCCAAAGGGGUCACCCUCCCCUCCCCUGGGCCUGGCUGCUGUCAGGGGGACUCCUGGGAGGCAUCUUUGUUUUCUAGACAUAGGUCACCUGUCCAAUAAUACCCCUGUAUUGCCAAGACAUCCCAAGAGGAUAGCUCAAAGCGUGGGGGCCUCAGCUGGUGACAUGCAUAUACUGUGACCCGUUGAACUGUGCUGGGAGCAGCCACCUUGCAGCGUGUACAUAGACCCUCUGCCCACAUUCAUGCUCUCUCAGGACAGGCUUAAACCCCCAGCCCUUGAGAGGUCAGAUGCGUGAGCCAGGCCUGGUUUUCCCCUCCACCUUAUCCGUGUGUCACCAGCUUCAGCCACGCCCCUCCACGGCCAUGUGGCUGUCCAGCCCACUUCCCUGACUCAGAAACAGGACUGGGUCAUCCUGAUAACACUAUGCCCAGCUGUCUCAGUGAGCCUUGGUGAUAUACCCAGAGCCCCACGGAACAACAGCGCGGCUGCUCCCAGCCCCUUUCUGUAUCCAUAGAAAUGGCUUGUCCCCUUGACCCAAGGCCCUGUCAUGUCCCCUUUCUGCAACACUAUCUAUCCAGUGCGGCUCUGGGAAGUCCACUGGCAUUUAGCCUAGCCUUCAACUCUUUGGAAGACUCUUAGACAAGGGGGCCCCCUAGUGAGACCCCUGUGCUACUGCACAGCACCCAGGGAUGGCUGACAGCUGUCACACUGGGCUUGAGUUCUGGCACUCCCUGUCAGGACAAGAGCAGGCAGAAGGCAUGGGGACGGCAACCCCACACCAGUGUCGGCAGCUGUCCUUCUCACGGUGGGCCUAGGGUUUUCUGCUUUGCAGGGAUUCAGCCCAGGGUGACGGCUGCUGCUCUUGAUGCAGCUGUGUGCACAGGCAUGGGGUUGUAGAGUUGUGACCUAGGUCUGGCUGCUGUCCGUCAGAGCUGUCCACCCCAUGUGGUCUGCCUCUGGUGUGGUGGGACCUGGUCCUUCUUAUACCCCUUCCACCUUGGCUCCGGGCCUCUACCUUCAGGGAUCUGGUAGGUGAUUUGGAGACCCUGAUCAUUUCUGUCUCAGGCAUGGCCCUCAGCGUGGCACGAAUGCCUGCCACCCAUUGGUCAUAGCCACAUCUCCCUGUCAGGGCAGAAGAUGGAGGGACUUGUAUCCUCUUGAGCCUGGGUGCUGGGGUACUCCCAAGGCCAUGGGGGGCCCUGAACCUCAGUUUUCCUCUUUCUCAACCCUGCUGGGCUCAGGGGCCCAACCUCCUGGUCAGGGUAGGGCAGCAGCAGAGCCCCACGAUGGGACCAGCUGUCCCUUCUGCACUCAGCCUUUACUUGGGGCUAGGGAUCCAUCACAUGGGGUAAGGUCUAGCCUAAUCCAACCCAGCAGUUCUGGUCACAGGGGGACAGGAGGACAGGGCUGUGGCCAUAACUUCCAGAGGCCAGGCUCUGUUUCUCAGGCCCCAUCUCACCCCUUAGUUGGAAACAGGACACCAUGGGCUGGGGAGCCCCUUUGAUAUAUGCAAAUGGCUGGUCCCACAUUCCCCUCCCCGUGCCCAGGCUGGCUCUGCCCCCGGCAUGCGCACUCCGCUGCGGAUGUCUGUGGACCGUGCGCAUGGGCACCGCAGUUGGGGGUCAGGUUGCUCAGGGCACGCACGGCCGCCCGCCCUACCUUCUGGCGCAGACGCUUCUUUGUAUUUUUGCGCCCUUUGUAAUGAAAUGUAAUAAAAACCCAAUGUUUUCGUC